AUGGCUUCCUCAACCCAAACUGUUACCUCAGACACAGAAAUCAUUCAUCUCAAUGCCCCUACACAUUUACCAACGAAAUUAACUCAAAACAAUUUCCCUGUAUGGAGCACACAGGUGAAAUCAACUCUAAUUGGUCUUGGAGUGAUAAGCUACAUCGAUGGGACAGUCGAAAUUCCGGCGCAAUUUUUAAAAGAUAAUGUACCCAAUCCUGCCUUUAUGGUAUGGAACAGACAAGAUAAAAUCAUUUUGAGUGCACUCCUAGGAAGUUGCCAUGAGACCAUACAACCACUUGUUUCAACUGCUCUCUCUGCCAAAGAAAUGUGGGAGCGAAUUGUUAUCAUGUUCGCAAACAAAUCAAGGUCACGAGUAAUGUCUCUCAAAAGUCAUCUCCUUUCAAACCCAUGUGGCUCCAGGCCCAUCUCAGAGUAUCUCAGAGAUAUACGCACAACAGCUGAUGACCUUGCCAUUGCAGGUCAUCCAAUGGCGGACGACGAUCUCGUACUAUUGACUCUAAAUGGUCUCAGUGAUGAAUACAGUAACAUUCGAUCAGCCAUCAAAGUACGUGAGGCACCUAUGACAUUUGCUGCUCUUCACGAACAACUUGUUGACCAUGAACGAGGCCUGAAAAAUAAAGUUCCUGAGCCUACUGUUGUGACUGCAAACUUCACACAGAAAGUUAAUCAUAAUUCACGAGGUAUGUAUUCAAACUCAUCAUUUACUCCUCGUACAAAUUCAUCUUGGAAUCAAUCAUCUCCAGGACGCCCUUAUGGCUCCCACUCUGGCCGAAACAAUCAGCAAUAUUUCAACAAGCAGACUCAGUCCUAUAUCAAAAAUAACCGUCCCUAUUGUCAAUUUUGUCAACGCCAAGGACAUGCCACCAAAGAGUGCCGACAACUAGCUCGUUUUUUGAAGGACAAUGAUAUCCAGAAUCCAACACCUGCAGUUAAUAACACCAUGCUUCAACCAAAUCAGAAACAACAAUGGCUGUUUGAUACAGGCGCUUCACAUCAUAUCACGAAUGACCCAACUAAUUACACUUCUUUUUCAGAUUAUGGAGGUCCAGAAGAAGUUUUGAUCGGCAAUGGUUCAGGUCUUCCAAUAACACAUACAGGAACCUCUCAUUUAAAUUCUGAUGCAAAAAAUUUCAUAUUAAAUGAUGUUUUAUGUGUUCCUUCUUUAAACAAAAAUCUCAUCUCAGUGGCAAAAUUCUGCAACACUAACAAUGUUUCAAUUGAAUUUUUUCCCUUACAGUUUCAGGUCAAUGACCUCAAAACGGGAGUGGUACUACUGCGCGGGGAGAAUUACAAUGAUGUCUAUUAUGCUCAUUCUAUUCCACAAAAUCUCAUGUCUCCUCAAAUAAAUGUCACCAACUCCACGUUGAUUGAAUCUUGGCACAAUCGGCUGGGCCACCCAGCUUUCCCUGUUCUGAGGCAUUUGCUUCUAUCAAAUAAUUUAGUUAGUUCUAUUCCAUCUGAUUCACUGUUUUCAUGUAAUGCCUGCAACUGUAAUAAAAGUCAUAAACAACCUUUUGGUGUUUCAUCAAUGACAAGUUCUCGCCCUUUAGAAUUGAUAUAUACUGAUGUUUGGGGCCCUGCUGUCACUUCCAUUGAUAAAUUUAAAUAUUAUCUCUUAUUUGUUGAUCACUACACCAAAUACAUAUGGCUUUAUCCUAUAAAACAAAAAUCAGAUGUGCACCAUGUCUUUAUUCAGUUCAAACAGGUUGUGGAAAAAUUCUUUAAUUUAUCCAUUAAAUCUAUUUUUUCAGAUAAUGGUGGCGAAUUUGUCGCACUUGCUUCUUUUCUGAAUUCUCAAGGCAUCUCACAUUUUACUACUCCUCCACACACUCCUGAACACAAUGGCAUGGCUGAACGUCGUCAUGGUCAUAUUGUCCAAACAGGUCUCACUCUUUUACAUCAGGCAUCACUACCUUUAACCUUCUGGUCUCAUGCUUUCCAAGCGGCAACAUAUCUCAUCAAUCGUUUGCCAUCCAGAACCAAUCAGUAUUGCACCCCGUUUGAGUCACUCUUUGGUAAAUCACCAAAUUACUCACGGUUAAAGAUUUUCGGUUGUCUUUGUUAUCCAUGGCUUCGUCCAUACAAUAACUCGAAACUACAACCUAAAUCUGUGCCAUGUAUUUUCUUAGGAUACUCUCCUUCUAAGUCCUCCUACAAGUGCCUUGAUCUCAAUCAUAAUCGUCUGUAUCACUCACGACAUGUUCAUUUUGUGGAGUCCCAAUUUCCUAUGCAUAAUAAGACGCGUGAUUCUGCUCUCCCAGUUGUGCCAGACUCGUACUAUCCUCCUUUGAACCCCACUGUUGUUACUACACCACCUUUAACUACCACUAUUUUACCUCAAUCACAAACCACUCAAACUGCUUCCUUUACAGAAACCCCACCUGCUUCACAUGAAGGUCCCACGUCUUCAUCCUCUAGUCAAAUAAAUUCACCCGUUGUAUCUUCACCUCCCUCGGCUUCAUCACAAAUUGAGUCUACUUCAGUAUCUCAUCCACCUUCACCCUCUCCCAAUCUACUGCCGGAACCUCGUUCUAGACGUCCCAAUCCAAAAUACUUUAACUCACAAUUCAUAAAUCAUACCACCCUUCAUCCCAUUUCUCCUUCAUUAGAGCCUAAAUCAGUAUCACAAGCUUUAAAGGAUCUUCACUGGCGCGAAGCAAUGUCCCUUGAAUUUGAUGCUCUCACUAAAAAUGGCACUUGGGACUUGGUGCCAAAAUCAAAUCAGCCAACAAUAGCGUGUAAGUGGGUUUUUCGGAUUAAAAGAAAUCCAGAUGGGUCUGUUAAUAAAUAUAAGGCGCGCCUUGUUGCAAAAGGCUUUCAACAGCGUCCGGGUGUUGAUUAUUCAGAAACUUUUAGCCCGGUCACCAAGCCAGCAACAAUUCGGAUUGUGUUAAGUAUUGCUCUUUCUCGUGGCUGGCCAACUCGUCAACUGGACAUUAACAACGCAUUCCUUAACGGGCACCUGAAUGAUGAGGUAUACAUGGUCCAACCUCCAGGCUUUUUGCACCCUUCAUAUCCACAUCAUAUUUGCAGACUUCGCAGAACUAUCUAUGGUUUAAAACAGGCAUCUCAUGAAUGGUAUAAAGCUCUUAAAACCUUUCUGCUUGAGUAUGGUUUUAAAAGUUCUGUUGCUGAUUCUGCAUUAUUUAUUUAUCACUCAGCGGGCAUCAUUAUUUAUUUUAUGGUUUAUGUGGAUGAUAUUGUGCUUACUGGGAACAAUGUGCCGUCUGUUAAUAAGUUUGUUGCAUGUUUGAAUCAAAAAUUCUCUCUGAAAGAUUUGGGACCACUGCAUCAUUUUCUGGGAGUUGAAGUUAUUCCUACCAAUUCAGGUCUAUUCUUGUCUCAAGCUAAACAUAUUUCUGAUUUAUUAUCGCAACAUCAUUUAGAUGGUGCCAAAGAGAUGAUUACGCCUAUGUCAGCUACAUCAAAUUUAGUGCUUCAUGAUGGCUCUCAAUCUAUUGAUCCUACUCCAUAUCGCAAGCUUGUUGGAGGGCUACAAUAUUUAUCAAUCACUCGGCCGGAUGUGUCUUUCGCAGUUAAUAAAUUAUCUCAAUUUAUGCAUGCUCCUACUGAAAACCAUUGGGUUGCUCUUAAACGCAUCCUGCGAUACCUCAAAGAAAGGGACAAUUCAUUAUGCGAUUCAGAUUGGGGUGGAGAAAGAGACACUGGACGUUCCACUACAGGUUAUGUUGUGUACUUGGGUUCCAAUCCAAUUUCAUGGAAAUCAUCUAAACAAAAUUCUGUUUCGAGGUCUUCUUCAGAGGCGGAAUACAAGGCCGUCGCUAAUGCAGCAGCUGAACUCAUUUGGCUUAAAAAUCUAUUAUCUGAGUUACAUAUUCCUGCUUCAUCUCCGCCUACCAUCUACUGUGAUAAUACAGGGGCAACAUAUUUGAGCUCCAAUCCUGUAUUUCACUCGCGCAUGAAGCACAUCUCCUUGGAUUAUCAUUUUGUGCGUGAACAAGUGGCUGCUGGAUCUCUUCGUGUUGCACAUGUUCACUCUAAGGAUCAAUUUGCUGACAUUCUUACGAAACCUCUCUCUCGACAAAGUUUUCUUCAUCUUCGCACCAAGCUGGGAGUCUCCAAUGGAGCCUCCAUCUUGAGGGGGCGUAACAUGCAUUCCGCAGAUAGCAAGGUUUCGAAUAUCGAAGCAAAGACUUCAGACAUGGAAAGAGAAUUGAUUGAGUUGAGGAGUAGAACGAAUAUGUUGAGUGGUCGAAUGGGGAGUUUGGACAAGUAUUUUAGUGAGAAUGAGGGGUUGUCAAAGGAAGAAGUUUGUGAGGAUUAUAACAAUAGGAAAGGAGGGAACGAUGGGUAUGUUGAUUUGAAUGAGAUGAGGGUGGUGAUGAGGGAGGAAUUUAAAAGGAGAUUGAAAAACAUGCUUGGAAGGGAAGAUUAUGCAUCUGGCGGGGCUGUUGUCAGGAAACAUUCGGUGAAGGCUGAUUAUUUUGCUGAUCCAGUGAGGAUGAUAACACCUAGUUUUGGCCAGCCAGGUGAAUGCUUUGGUCUGAAAGGAAACAGGGGUUUUGUAGAGAUCAAGCUCAGAAGUGCCAUAAUUCCUCAGGCUGUUACUUUAGAACAUGUUGCCAAGAGUGUUGUUGAUAACCGGUCGAGUGCUCCAAAGGACUGCAGAGUAUAUGGAUGGUUCAGCAGGAAAAAAAUAACUCGUGAUUUGAGUAUGUAUUUUCUAGGUAAUUUCACCUACGACCUGGAGAAGAGCAGUGUUCAGACUUUUGAUGUAUCAGACUCAUCUCGCGUCAUCGACACAGUAAGGCUCGACUUCACUUCCAACUAUGGAAACCCUUCUUAUACAUGCAUAUAUCGCUUCAGGGUCCAUGGCUAUCAACCUGAUAUCUGA